GGAAAAAAUUGCCCUAUAUCAACCGAGUGAAUUUUUCAAACUCUUUAUACAGUCACUCCCGCACACCACUCCCGCGCACCACUCCUCAUAUGCACCCCAUCGUCGAUUCUCCUGCUCGAUUGCAGUCAACAAAGUCGCUCCUCCUCCGUCAUCGCAGUCGCCUGUGUCGAUUUUUCAACCAAGCAUCAGCGACGCUUCGAGAAGUACUUGGGCCUCCAUUGUUAGAAUGGCUCCUGCGAAAAAGAUGCGCCGUAUUCCUUUACCAAAGAGGGCAUUAAUUAAACCAUACUCAUCCCCGACUGAUACACCUACACCUGCUCUUGAAGGUGUUGCAGUAGAUGGAUCUCAGACUAUUGCACCAUCUCCGUCUCAAAGUAAUGCAUUGUCAAGAUCUGAGACUGUUGCACCAUCUCCAUCUGAAACUAAUGCACGAGCUGAUCCAUUUAUGCAAUAUCAAUGGACUGUUGCUGAUCCAGCAACAAAAGGGGCUAUUGUACAAGCUGUCCGGGAUAAAUUUGAGAUUGGGGAGAAUUACGAGGAGAAUUCACUAUCCCAUCAAGUUAUGGAAAAUAAGUGUUACAUAAAGAUUGUAAGUGUCGCUACGACAUCGGCAAACUUAAUAGGAGCAAGCUACCCUACAAUCACACUAGUGGGUCACGAUCUUUUCCGGCGGCGAUGAGCAUUGCGUGUUUGGCAUAUCACAGGUGAAGGAAAACGGUGGCUUGUUGCCAGAUAUUUGCGUUUUCUACAAGGACACUCAUCAAAACAAGAAGACAAAAGAAUGGAUUGAUCCUAUAUGUGGUGAUUUACAUG